UAUAGCAAUCGGGUAGAGAGAGUGUAACCAAAGCUCUCCCUGGAUGAGAGAACAGGCUGGCACUGGGUUCAGGUGAUUAACAGGGGGACAAUAACACCAGCAGAAUUGCAACAUGAUGUCUAGAAGCACUACAGACACAACACACCAGAAAUAGAUGUGCAAGAGUAUAUGAAGCAUGAGAAGUUAAGCUCUGUUUGCUGUGCCCCACGGAAUGAGUUUGCUUUGUUUACCAGGCAAGCCCACAGUGAUGACCUCGUCACUUGGCUGUGUUCCUGGUUCUUCCUCUGUUCCUUUUCGAGACGGUUUCCUUGCUAGAGAGAAGCUUGCCUCUUUGUCUGUGGUAUUGGUCUGGAAGAGAAACUGCCUGCACACUGAAGCCCAUGGAGGGGUUCCAAGGAGGAAAUCCUCACCCAGAACUCCCUCCCAGCUCUAGCCACUCCCUCUGUGGCAGAAUGUUGUGGUUUCUCCUCCGGAAGAAGAGUGUUUGUCCACUUUGUCAGAAGGACAGAACAAGCCUGUGGCAGACAUGGCCUCCUCCGUGGAUGACACGAUGGAGAAGCUCCAGGACGAAGUCUCCUGCUCUAUCUGCCUGGAGUACCUCAGGGAGCCUGUGACGAUAGACUGCGGCCACAACUUCUGCCACGCUUGCAUUGUGGACUACUGUGAGCGAGGAUCUGGCUCUACAACGGGGGCGGCUCUCUGCCCGCAGUGCCGGGCUGGUUUCUUGCUCAGCAGCUCAAGGCCCAACAAGCAACUGGCCAAUAUCGUGGAAGGCAUAGAGCAAUUGGCUCUGCGGCCCGGCAGGGCCACCAGGGGCGAGGCUUUAUGCGAGAAGCACGGCAAGAAGCUGCGUCUCUUCUGCCAAGAUGAUGGUGAGCCCAUCUGUCUGGUGUGUGACAAAUCGCGAGAGCAUCGUGCCCACACAGUCCUGCCCAUCGAGGAGGCUGCUCAUGACUACAAGAUUAAGCUCCAGGAAGCUACGGAUAUUCUCAGAAAAGUGCUGGAUGAAGCGAGAAAGCUGGAGGCUCAAGAGGAGAAGAAAACAGCUUUGUGGAAGGAGAAAGUGGACGUGCAUCGAGCCCUCAUAGUGUCAGGCUUUGAAAAGCGCCGCCAGGCAUUGGCUGAGGAGGAGAUGCUGCUUUUGAACCAGCUAGAGGCAGAAAAGCAGGCAACUCUGAAUAAGCUGCAAGCAAAUGGGUAUUUUCUGCUUGGCCAAUGCACGGAGCUGCAGAACCUAAUCUCAGAAAUGGAGUGGAAAUGCCAGCAGCCAGCAGCCUCCUUGCUGAAGGAUGUGAAAAACACCUUGACCAGGAGUGAGGGAGUAUACCUCCAGGAACCACAACCAAUCUCAAUGGACUUACAGGACUCGUAUGAUGUUCCUGGGCUGGUUGAGUCACUUCAAAGAUACAGAGUACCUAUAACCCUGGACCCUGAUACUGCCAAUCCCUACCUCAUCCUUUCGGAGGACCUGCAGAGUGUUCAGGUUGGAGAUCGAAGGCAAGAUGUGCCCAAGAGCUUGUCCCGCUUUGAGACGUGCACCUGCUUAAUGGGUCGAGAGCGGCUCACGUCUGGCAGACACUACUGGGAAGUCUGCGUGGAGGGCAAGACAAGCUGGACACUCGGAGUGUGUGAAGAGUCUGUGAGCCGUGAAGGGAUCUUCACACCCUCUCCGGCUACGGGGUUCUGGACUGUGUGGCUGCGGAAUGGAGACGAGUAUGCAGCUCUCACUUCCCCACUCACAGAACUAGCGCUGAGGUCCAAUCCUGGGGCCGUUGCCAUUUUCCUGGACUACGAUGCAGGAGAAAUCUCCUUCUACAAUGCUGACAAUGGGUCUCACAUCUUCACCUUCAGGGACUCCUUCUCAGGACCCCUCCGACCUUACUUCUACCCUGGAGUCCGGGCGGGAGGCAACGAUGGUCCGCUCACCAUCAAAACAGCCGAACAUGAGGAAGAUCUCGCCCUGUUCAGCAAAGAGACCUUUUCCAGUCACUGACAGUGGAACUCACUGCCACUAGAUGGAGACAAAGUUGUACCAAAGACUUAAGGCACUUUCCCACAAAUGAGAAAAUCAUGGAGAGAAAGAUUUGGAAGUUGCUGUUUUCAUGCAUGUGAGAUCUAAAUGAUGGCCAGAUUUGAUGCUGACAAGGAGCUUUCUACAUGAAUUGGUUUGUGAAUAUGGAAAAGUUACUUUUUUUAAUGGAUUGUUCUCUCACCAAUCUAAUACUCCAACCACUGCAUCAUACUAGAAUUUGAAUGUAUUUCAUGUAUAUUCCUCAUUUUAGCAGAACACUGUACUGUAAAUUCACAGUACAAAUACAUUGAAUCGUGGAGUGCAAUGGUGGCGCUACUAAAUACAACAGUAGCAACUGCGUCAGUGUUUUUAGAAACUUAGCCCUGGAGAAAAAGGUGUCUAUCAGGACUUUAAUACCCAGGGAGGAGUGGUUUAAUCAUAGCCAGUGUGGUGUUGUGGUUAGACUGUUUGGCUAGAACUUGAGGACUCCAGGUUCUCAUUCUCACUAAGUGAUAAAACAUAAUCCCUGACCUUGGUCAGGCCAAUCUGACCUACUUUGCAAGGGUGUUGUGUAACCACAAAGUGAGAUGAAGAGUCAUGUGUGCGGCUUGGAGCUCAUUGGAGGAAAGGCAGAAUAUGGAUGAAACAAGUAAAAAACAAACAAACCCACCAAUCUUCUCCCUACAAUUAUUAAGCAGUGAAAGGGGGGCUCUCAUAGACACCAAUUGGGACCUUUUUUCUUCUGCGCUCAAUAGCUGGACAAUUUUGGAAUGUAGAUAACAGACAAAAGUUAACCUCCAAUUUCCACAGAAA